AUGAUCAACGCGACUUCACGAUUCAACUCGAAUCCCUCUCACCCUCCUCAAGUCCAGCUCCUCCAGUCCACCAUCCAGAUCCCCAUGCUUGGUCCUGUGGGUGCUCUUCCUCCUCCAAAGCAUAUUCAGAACCAACAGCAGACACCACAGCCGCAGCCGCCACCGCAACAGCAAGGACCUCAGCCUUCCGAAAUCCCGCUUCCUCCACAGAGCGGGCAAGACUUCACCCUUUCCAAUGUGCUCCAUUUCUUACAGACAGAAUGGAGGAGAUACGAGCGAGACCGCAACGAAUGGGAGAUUGAGCGUGCAGAAAUGCGGGCCCGUAUAGCUCUACUUGAGGGCGAACGACGCUCAUUCGAGAAUGUCAAGCUCGACCUUAUGCGGCGUAUCAAAAUGCUUGAAUAUGCUCUGCGAGUAGAGCGAUCCAAGCAGUUGUCACAGCCUGCGUCCCAGUCGGUUCCGCCAACCAAACUCGCAGUGCUUCAGGCCCAGAUGGGCCAGACUUCGCAAAAAGAUGAUGCCUUCAGCCAUAAAGAAGGGAGUAGUGGCAGUUCUCCCCGAAGUGAGGAUUCCCCGUUGCCCCCAGAUCGCAUGUCUACCGGCUCGAUCAAUGGUGCCCUUAUGGGAAAUUCGACGAGCCGAACGCAGACAUGGGUAGGCAGUGCGGCUUGGUCUGCUCCUAAUGGUACUGCAGGCACUGCCGGUACAAUAGGGAAGCCACCCGCUGGACGUGAUCCUAAGAGUAGAGCGAGGAGUCGAGAUUACCUCAAACAGUGUUUGCAAGAAGUAUCUUACCUCACCUCUCCCCAAGCUGUGAACCCUCUUCCAAACCGUCCUCUGCUGAACAACACCACACUUCCACUGCAGAUCCCAAAUGUACCCUUUGACCAAAUGGCGUACAAUGGACGCCCAAGAAAACUUAUGCCUGAAGUCGGCAAAGAUUACUCAAUGAUGAAUGGUGUGAGUAUGAUGACAGGGCCUUCGUCCGCGCCGGCAACAUCGAAUCCACAGAGCAAUCCUUUGGACCGUGCUAAUGUUGGCGGUUCGGGUAUUAUGUCCUCGCAGCAGUCCCAACCGUCGACUGGCCCCUCAGGCCAGUCGAGUCAACAAUCGCAUUCACAGUCGGGAUUAUCGUCUUCUCAACCAACAGACGCGAAGGGGAAGGAGGGUGAGGAUGAACAUCAACCGCUGGCCACUGCUAUCUUUCGUCCAGGCGAUGACUGGAGAGAAAAGUUACGCAUGUCCCACGAGGCGGCAGAGCAGGCGAGGCUCGAGCAGCCUGGGCAAACGGCCAGCGGAGCAGCCUCAUGGGAGCGGAGAACACGGGAUGAGGAGGAGGACGGAAAGGAGGAAGAGGCUGAAGUGGAAGACGAGGAAUCAACGGUGAUCGGUGAAGGUGAAGGGACCAAGCGUUUGAACAUGGACAUUGCUAACAAUUUCUUCAGUCAUCUCGACGCUGUACGCGCUCUUGCAUUUCAUCCCACAGAAAUGUGCCUUGCAACAGGUGGAGACGACACUACCGUGAAGAUAUGGCGUGUCGAUGUUGCUGGCCUCGCCUCAUCUGCUUCUCGUCCUACCACUGAGGUAGAGCCUCAACUUACCCUCCGUGGUCACUCAGCGGCAAUCACUCGGCUGGUACAUGCACCGUCGAAACAACUGCUCUACUCCGCCUCCUUGGACUCCUCAAUCCGGAUAUGGGCAUUACCACCGUCUUCGCAUACUACUUAUGCACCAUAUGAUGCGACGCGUGCCCGCGGCGAGCUCAUUGGUCAUACCGACGCCGUAUGGGAUUUGGCCCUUGUCCGCGACGAAAGCACGCUUAUAAGUUGUGGUGCGGAGGGUGCCGUCAAAGUCUGGGACGUGAGCGGCCCUUCUGGAGGGGGUUCACUCAGGUUAACGUGGUCAUACGACGGCUUGGACCCUCAAGAGGACUCACUCACAGAAAGUGACGCGCCUGGUGCAACCGCUGUCGAGGCUAUCAAGACUGACCUCAAGAAGGUUGCCGUCGCAUACCAAAAUGCGAUGAUCAAAAUUUUUGACAUCGAGAGCGGCAAAGAGCUAGCGCGGAUGCAAGCUGAGUCUGAAGAGGGUGCGUUGUCUUCGCAAGUGAACAGUAUUGCGUCACAUCCCACGAUGCCGCUUCUUAUCACCGGGCAUGAGGACAAACACAUCAGGAUCUUCGAUAUUGUGACUGGACAAUGCACACAUUCCAUGUUGACUCACCUUGAUGGCGUGACAUCGCUGUCGAUCGAUGCGGCAGGUUUUUCACUCGUCUCGGGCAGCCAUGACUGCUCGGUACGCUACUGGGACAUCCUUGGCUCACGAGCUUGCGUUCAAGAGAUCACAAGCCACAGGGAAAAAGCACGCGAAGGAGUCUUAGACGUCGAGUUCCAUCCGACGCUGCCAAUCAUGGCCAGCGCAGGCGCGGAUGGUGUAGUCAAACUGUAUGCCUCCUCGUGA